UUCAGAUUUUCCUUAUUGUAACGCAAAUAACAGCGAGCUGGGUAUUCCCUUUGGAAUUCACAGUAUAAUGUGGAAUUGUGGACCCGGGUUAGGGCGUUAAAAAAAUAUUGCAAGAUUUUUCAACGACGCGCGAAGAAUGAGUAAUAUCAAUGGUGAUAUCAUAGGACUUCAUUGUUUGCAUCAUUAAUUCAGUGAUUAUUGCCAUCUUCAAUUUAUUUCCACGUUUGUUUUAUAAGAACGAUGUUAUUACGUAGUGCGGCGUUGUUUUUGUUUCUAAAUGUUGUGAGGACAUCUGAGGUUGCUGGUUUGAGUAAGGAUUUUGUUAGUGAUGUUAACGCGAGAUACUCGUUAUGGCCGUCGAUUCACCAUGGAAUUAGAUUAAUGACGAUACGUAAGCGCGAGGUGGAGGCGCAAACGACACUGAAGCCUGAAGUACUCCCUGGCCAAGCGGUGGCUCAGGUUCAUUCAGAUAUUGGAAUCCAGGGCCCUAGCGAAGGGCAAUCUGCUGCCCAGAGCGAAACUAAGAUUGCUGUGACUCCUGUUCUGCCCCCUCAGUCUACUGAUAAGCCUCGGUCUCCUGAUAUUGUCUCUGAAUCGUCUCUGUUGGUUAAGCCUCAUGUGUCGCCACUUAAUGUAACCAAAAAUGAUAAGGAUGGAGAAAAAGCUCCAAUUAUGGAUAACAAAACAGUGCACAAACCUGAUAAAGCAAACACAACAAGUGAUAAUUCAACCAGUAUAGUUGAUAAUAAAACGAAAGUACAUAACACAACAGCUACAGAACCACCUAAAAUCAACCUAACUGACCCUGGAGUUGUCAAAAGGGCUGCUAUAGUGUUUGGCGGAUUUGCUCUGCUGGCGAUGGCUUACUACUUCAUAAUAUACAGGAAAAAAGCCAACACCAGUGAUGCUAAAAGUACACACAGCUCAAUCGAUCCAAAUCAAUUCCGGUAUGGUGUUCUACAAUCAGAGGACAACAGAACUAACAUGGAGUUGUCCAGGGUGCCGCUAACAAUGGAAUCAGAUGAGGAUGACGAUGAAGACUUGGAAAUAUUUGACCUAGGACAGAAGAAAAAGUCACUAUCAUACAUCAACUUAGAACAACAUGAUGAAGAUAUUGUCUUAAAUGACUCGAGAAGUAUAGAUAUGGAUAAUCUCCUUGUGGACAUUGAUGACACGAAUACGGACACUUUGAUUAACUGGUCAGGCAAUGGUAGUAAGUCAGUAUUAUAAUAAGUGUCUAGAUAGCAUGCUCUGAAAGAUUUUAUUUUUAGUUUUUUAUUGAUUUAUUCAUAUAAAAUGUGCGAAAAAUCCUUAGAAAAGGUUAGUUGGAAUUAAAUUCCAAAUAGGGACAAACGCAAAUUUUAUAUGAAUCACAACACGAAAAAUAUUGCAUUUAAGAGGAUCUUAUUGAUAAAUUGUUUAUU